CGCCCUCGAGUUCGCCAAACACGUACAAAUUUUGCGCUACUUGAUGUCAUGCUCUGAAGUUUCUUGUUGACGUCAGGUUGAUCUUCAAACAGUCCAGAUCAGUAUUUCUAAUCUUACGUUCUAUAUUGGUAAAUUUCUUCAAGGUGGUUGGAUUGGACUAAUGAAAUAAUUAUUUCAUCACAACAAAAUUAACUUUGUUUCUAACUCCACAUCAACGUUCAUAUUUCGGUUGCUUAAUGGAUGUGAAAGUUGGUAAACCGAGAGAAAAGCCUUCAUACUACGGUGGGGAUAAAGUUGACGCUGACGAUGAAGAAUCUCAAAAGCUUUGUAUAAAUGAUUGUCGACAAAAGCAGGCAGCAUUGUACCCUCCCUUUUUGUUUAAAUCAUCGUCGGCACAGUUACUUCUCUCACCUCCAGAUGCAAGUGAACUUCUUGUUAUAACUGGUCAAAGUAGAAUUCAUCUGUAUAUACAGCGAAAUUUGGACGAACUUUCGCUCGAAACAUGUGAAAAUUGCAAUAACUCUAAUCACUCAGACAUCUCAAAUCCUGUUGAAGUCGAUUUGGCUGUUUGCAAACUAAAUAAUCUUAGUAUUCCAUCGUUUCCUCAAAAUUUGUCUUCUGAAGUUUCAAUAUACCGGUCUCAUGGACUUCCUUUACUUGUUUGGCCUAAAUCAGCUGAUAAAAUACUCAUUCAAAAGUAUUUAAAUUAUAACUAUCCGGAUUGUGGUCGUUGGUUUAGUGAACUUGAUAAAGUAACCGGCUGGUUAGAACAGAAAUGGAGGCCAUUAACACGAAACUUGGGCAUAGUUAGUAAUGGUGAAAUCAAUAAUAAUGAUGAUAAUUGGAUCAAAUUGGAUAAGAAUAUAUGUAUUCGUGGUCUUCCCUCGGAUUGCGUUGCUGUAACUUAUUUGAAAAAACGUUCAACACAAUAUGAAAAAUAUGCCAGUUUAUUAAAAAGUUACUUUACUCAUCGUCUACAAUUCACACCAGCUUUUCAUCAUAAUCCUAUACAUAGAGAACUUGAAGAACAUUACAAAGAAAGACUCGGUUGUUUAAGUGAAGAUGCUGGUUAUUUUAAUGUUAUUGGAAAUCGUCUCAUUCAAGUGAUUAAUAAAGCUUUAUCAUCUGGUAGACCGUAUUCUCUUAACCCAAUCACUUUCACUUCUUCUAUCAGUGAUUUAAGUAUGAGAGAACAAUGUUUACAUGCUUUACUACCUGGCAAUGAGGUGAAGAAUAUUAGAAACCAGAAGAGGAAAUCCACUAACGAACUGUGUAGAAUCGAUGGUCUUUCCGAUACUGAUAGUCAGUUUAUUGAUAGUCAAUCUAAUGACGACGGUGACGGAAGCAUUUCAGAAUUUGACGAUGAUAGUGAUCAGUUUUUAGCGCCUAAUGAGAAGGACACAGUUGGUCCGAAAUCAGCUGAUCAGUCCACUCGUGAUCUACCAAAUCGACCAAUAAGCAAAGAGAUAAUGAAAAAUAAAGGCAUUGUAAAAUAUCGGCAUAAACGUGAACGUAAUCCUAGAGUGCAUUUACGGCAUAAAUUCCGUAAGGCAACAAUUCGUUACAGAUCACGUGUUGCGCCGGUUCGUAAAGAAGACAAACCAUAUGCUGGUGAAGUUAAAGGAAUACGUGUAAAUUUGAUUAAAUCGCAUAAAUUCAAAAAAUAUUAAUUCACUUUUCAACACAUUCAGUACUUCUUUGUAGUUGAUCUCCUUUCCUUUCUGUGAUCAUUCUGACAUGUUUUUUAUGUGAUUAGCGGUGUUAUAUAUUAAAUAUAUUAGAU